AUGGGGGUACCUGCAGAGGCAGAGAGGGGCUCAGUACAUCCAGAAAUGGGAUUAUCCGAGAAGGCAGAUGGGGGCUCAGUACAUCCAGGAAUGGGGGUAUCUGAAGGGGCAGAUGGGGGCACAGUACUUAAAGGAAUGGGGGUAUCUGAAGGGGCAGAUGGGGGCACAGUACAUCCAGGAUUGGGGGUAUCUGAAGGGGCAGAUGGGGGCACAGUACAUCCAGGAUUGGGGGUAUCUGAAGGGGCAGAUGGGGGCACGGUAUGUCCAGAGCUGGGGGUAUCAGGGCAGGAAAGGAAUAGGACAACACAGAAAUCUGCUCAGGAUGAUCUGGGGGUCCGCAGUAAAAGGCGAGGGGUGUCUGGAGAGAAGGAGGGACUGACAAGGCACACAGUGGCUGGGGAUCCUCCAGGCAGUAGAAAAUCCGAGCAGAAGAGUUCCGCCAGUAAAGGUGAGAGAGCUCAGAGGAAGGAGAAGAGGAGCGCCCAAAAGAAGGCAGAAUCCAAGGCUCAGAGGAGAGCGGUGACUGUAGACAGCUCCAAGGCCAAGACAUCACUAGAGGCUCUGAGGAUCAGCAUUAAACAAUUGGGCUGGAAGGAGUUUCCGCUGGGCCGCCGUUUGCCAUGUGAUAUUUACUGGCAUGGGGUAUCUUUCCAUGACGGCAACAAUAUCUGCGCUGGACAGGUCAACAAGUUUCCAGGAAUGGCUGAAAUGGUGCGUAAAAUAAACCUGAGCCGGGCUGUGAGAACCAUGCAGGAACUCUUCCCUGAGGAGUAUGACUUCUACCCGCAAUCCUGGAUCCUUCCCGAAGAAUAUCCUAUGUUCACUGCACAGGUUCGUAUGGCAAAGGAAAGUGACCCAUCAUGGAAGCCCACCUUUAUUGUAAAGCCGGACGGUGGUUGUCAGGGUGAUGGAAUCUACCUCAUUAAGGACCCCAGUGAAGUGCGAAUCAUGGCCAGUGUCCAGAACCGACCAGCUGUGGUCCAAGAGUACAUCAGCAAGCCUCUCCUGAUGGACAAGUUAAAGUUUGAUAUGAGACUCUAUGUUGUUCUCAGAUCAUUAGAGCCUUUGGAAAUCUACAUCGCCAAAGAUGGACUGUCCCGAUUCUGCACUGAGCCCUACCAGGCACCAAACCAUAAAAAUCUUCACCAUGUCUAUAUGCACCUGACCAACUACUCACUCAACAUCCACAGUGGAAACUUUAUCCACUCGGACAGUGUCCAUACUGGAAGCAAGAGGACCUUCUCCAGCAUUCUCUAUAGACUUUCAGCUAAAGGUAUAGAUGUCAAGAAAGUAUGGUCUGACAUAAUUUCUCUGGUCAUUAAGACCAUCAUUGCUCUGGUUCCAGAACUCAAAGUCUACUUCCAGGUGGACAUACCAGCAUCUAAACCAGGACCAACAUGCUUCCAGAUUUUAGGAUUUGAUAUCCUCCUGUUGAAGAAUCUCAAGCCAAUUCUUCUAGAGGUGAACGCAAAUCCCAGCAUGAAGAUUGAACACGAACAGGAGCUUCUUCCCGGCAUUUUCGAGAAUGUGCCGAGCUUGGUGGAUGAGGAGGUGAAAAUUGCCGUAAUCAAGGACACACUGCGUCUGGUGGAUCCAUGGCAGAGGAGGAGCCAAUCCUCUCAUCCAUCAGACAACGCUGUGACAACAAUGUCAGAUCUAAAUAUGGGAUCCGGGGAUCUGGCCCAGGACUCUGCGAAGAUUUUAGAGAACAAUCUACCUCCUCUCUGCCUGAAACAAAUCUUUCCAAAGUAUGCCAAACAAUUCAGUUACCUGCGAGUGGUGGAACGAAUUGCGACACUCUUUCUCCGAUUCCAGGGAAUCCGUGGUACUAUGAAAAUGGGGCCUACUGGUUUCCGGACAUUCAUUAGGAGCUGCAAGCUAAGUAGUGGCAGUUUCUGCAUGGCAUCUGGCGAUAUUCUCUACAUUGAUAUAACAAGGCGCUGGAACAGCAUGGCGCUAGACCAAAGAGAAUCGGGUAUGUGUCUCCAGGCCUUCAUUGAGGCUUUCUUCUAUUUAGCACAAAGGCGAUUUAAAGGUUUACCACUUCAUGAGCAAGUGCAGGCACUCUCUGACCUUUGCCAUAGCCAUGUGAACACAGCAGAGGAGAAGAGAAUUCUGUGCAGCAGAGGAACGCUGGAACACAGAACUGCACUGACCAAUUACCGCCACACCAAUGUACAUCUGACCUCAUAUACACCUCUGUCACAUCGCAGCAGCAUUUCAUGUAAACUUUCAGACUACAAGCUGCAGCAUUCAUGAUGGAACUACUUACCAGCCUGCCACCAACCUACCCUAGAUAAGUGCUAAGGUGCAUAUUUUCACGCCUCAGAUCCUACAAAACGAGCUGAGACCCUCACAGUCAGGAAGCACCUUACAUUCCAAAGUGUUACAACUUGUAAAGAGCACAUAUGCACAUAUCACUGUAUUUGUUUGAGUUUCCAAUAACAAUGAGAUGCUCCCAAUGCAGGUUAUAACCCAGGAAGAAUCGGAUUUCAAAACGGAUAGCUAACUGAGUUGGAAUACAUAUACCUCUUCUGCUCUUACUGGGCCCAUGUUGGAUGUGGAGUGUAAUACCUUCAGAUGGCCUGUCGGUGGCACUGCCAGGGGAGGGAUGUGCCAGUCCUCUAUAUUAACCAAUAACAAGUUUACUUUAACUUUUAUCUUGCUGUAGAAAACAGACAGUUGGAGUCGGUUUGGUUCAUAUGGGCAGAACGUCGUCCUUUUCUCCAGUCUUGUAAGGCCAGUAAAUCUGCUUCUACAGAUGCUUUAUGGAAUAACCCAUGGCGACCAGAACCACCUUUCUCUGGUCCGAAUGCUGUAACUGGUGAAAUCUGGUUGCUAUGGAUAACCACACAAUCCACAUCAAUCCUUGGCUUUGUACUGCUGUACAAGUCUGUCUUCUGGCUAAUCCUGUAUAUAUAUAUGGAGAGAGAGAUCAUUCUCAGAGUUCGAAAGGAGAGUCCCUGGCACUGAGUGCCCAAAGCUAUGAAGAAAGCUGGCAUUGUAUUCCAUUUGUUUGAUGGUUUCAGUAUUGUCCUGAAUAAAUAUUGAACGCUG